CAUCAGUUAAUUCGUGCCAUUCAGUGAGACACCAAUAGCUAUCAAAACAUGAAGGUUCUCAUCAGCCUCAGCUUCCUCGUGGUGAUGACACUGGCGGAGCCCCCGAGCUAUCGUCAGCAGUCUCAAGCCGACAGGACGUACUACUUCGCUAAACAGCAGGAAGAGCCACAGGGAGAUGCCCCAUAUCAACCAUCGGGAUGGAAGCCAGAUGGUCCUGCCUUCGAACUCCCCCAGAAGCAGCAGAAGCAGGUGACUCAGUUCACCACUUCCGCGACACCUGUAAACACCUACGGCGUCCCAGCGAUCCAACCUCAGAGACAAUAUGGCGCCCCGGCCCAGCCUGAACGACAAUAUGGAGCCCCGUUCCAGCCGGAGAGUCAGUAUGGUGCCCCGGCUCAACCCCAGAGACAAUAUAUCGCUCAAGCCCAACCUCAGAGGCAAUAUGGCGCCCCAGCCAAGCAAUCCCUUCCCCGAGCCCAACCUGAGAGACAAUAUGGCGGCCCAGCUGAGCCCCAGAGACAGUUUGCAGCCCCACAGAACCAAUAUGGAGCACCUGGACUUCCAGAACAACACUACGGAGCUCCUGAAUCAGCCACUACUGAUCCUUCAACUCCAGAUUACGAUGAGGCGACCAUUCCCACGGGAACCGAAUCUCAGGCCGAGCCGGUCGACUCUGUGAAUGAGCUGGAGGAUGAGGGAGAUGUUGAUGAGCAGCAACGACAGACUGGAGAGUACUACGUCGCCCUUCCCGACGGACGUCUUCAACGGGUUCAGUACAUGAGUAGUCAGGACAUUGCAGCCAUGAAGUACUUCGCCCAGAUUCAAGCGGAGAAUGUCGAGCCAUUGAGAGGAGCGGUCUAUGCAUAUCAGCCACUUCAGAAACUUGAGUUUGCACCGGCUCGACUCCGAGUCGCUGUUAACGAGCCAGUGGCCACUCCUGUUGUACAAAUUAGAGAAGCCAGUGGUAGAAAUCAGAAAAUUACAGCCAAAGCUCCCGCUAAGUUGGAGGUACAACCACUUGCUGCUGAACUUCCUGGCACCAUCGUUGCACCGGUUAACGCGGCUUACAGCGGUUACAGGGCUAAUUAUCAAGCCCCAGAGAAACGAUUCCUCGUUACUUUCUAGAGUGAUUUUCAAUUGUACGUUGCUGGCUCGAGAUAAUAAAUCCUGAUGGUCGCAUCAGUCUGAUGGCUUCUAGCUUAAUAUCAAGUUUCUCAGUUAUUUCUUUACCCCCGUUAUUGGAUUUCGAGUUAUGCCAAGUCGAAUUGCGAAAUCCGGUGAGGCCUGUAGGGUGAAGGGGAAGAAAGAU